CGGAAUGGAUGGUGGAUUGGUGGCGGUGGCAGUGGCAGGUGAGGUGGGUGGUGGCAUGAGCUGGAGCCAGCCAGCCGCACAUGAACUGGCGAGUCUUGUCUCGCAACCGACGAAUCGCCGCACAUGAAGAGGCGAGUCUGGCUGCUGAUCAGCUGGUGAAUGAAAGGAAAGGGGAUGCUCCUCCAUCACUCCCUCCAGUAGUCCAGCAGCAGCAGCAGCUGCUGCACUCUCCUCCACCGACGGUCUCAGCCAACUAACGCUCGCUUUCUUUCUUUCUUUCUUUCGCCCUUGCUUGCCUUGUUUAAUUAGAGGUUGCUAUUAGGAGUACUAGUUAUAGUUAACGCUGCCUGCCUGCUUCCUCUGCUCACUGCCACCGCCUCCACCCGGCCAUUGCUGGACUGGAGUAGAGGCUGCUGCAGCCUGAUAGAUCAAGCAAGAUGCCGCACGCCAAGACGGACUCGGAGGUGACCAGCCUGGCGCCCUCCUCGCCGCCGCGCUCCCCGCCGCGCACGCGCCCCGUCUACUACGUGCAGAGCCCCUCCCGGGACUCCCACGACGGCGAGAAGACGGCCACCUCCGUCCACUCCACGCCGGCGCUCAGCCCCAUGGCGUCGCCGCGCCACUCCCACUCCUCCGUCGGAAGGGACUCCUCCUCCAGCCGCUUCUCGGGCCACCCCAAGCGAUCCAAGGGGGACAAGGCGGCGGCGGCCCGCAAGGGCGCGCCGCAGGGCAAGGGAUGGCAGGAGAUCGGGGUCAUCGAGGAGGAGGGGCUCCUGGACGACGAGGAGCGCACCAGGAUCGUGCCCAAGAAGUGCUACUACUUCCUCGUCUUCGUGCUCGGCUUCGUCGCGCUCUUCUCCUUCUUCGCGCUCGUGCUCUGGGGGGCCAGCAGAUCGCAGAAGCCGCAGAUCGUAAUGAAGAGCAUCAAGUUCGAGAACUUCAUCAUCCAGGCCGGCACCGACGCGUCGCUGGUGCCCACCGACAUGGCCACCACCAACGCCACCGUCAAGUUCACCUACCGCAACAAGGGCACCUUCUUCGGCAUCCACGUCACGGCCGACCCCUUCCAGCUCUCCUACAGCCAGCUAACGCUAGCAAACGGAGACCUCAACAAGUUCUACCAGGCGCGCAGCAGCCGCCGGACCGUGAGCGUCGCCGUGCUGGGCAACAAGGUGCCGCUCUACGGCGGCGGGCCGACGCUGACGGCGGCGCCGGGCGCCGGCGGGAAGCAGGCGAGCAGCAGCAGCAGCGUGGCGCCGGUGCCCAUGGUGCUUCGGACGACGCUGCACUCGCGGGCCUACGUGCUGGGCGCACUGGUGAAGCCCAAGUUCACCCUGGGCGUCGAGUGCAGGGUGGUGAUGAACCCCAACAAGCUCAACAAGCCAAUCUCGCUGGAGAAGGCCUGCCACUACUCCUCCUAAAUUCUUCUUCUUCUGAAUGUAUUUAAUUAUCUUCAUUCUUCAUCAUCCUCGAAUCGAUCAUCAUCAGCUGAAAAACAGAAAACCACCAUCACACAUAUAUAUGAUCUCUUCUUCUUCUUCUUCUUCUUCUUCUUCUAAAUGUAAUAGUAUUGUUAUUCUUCUCUCCUCGAUCUGUGUAUUAAUUAUUGUCCUUUAAUUUUGCCCAUCAUAUAUGGCUGCUGCUGCUGCUGUAAGAGUAAUUAAGACAGACAGAUCAUAAGAUCGUUGGUUCCAGCUA